AUUUCGGUAGCUGAUCUCCCAGGACUGAUUGAAGGUGCACAUGCAAACAAAGGGAUGGGCCACAAAUUUCUCAAACAUGUAGAAAGAACCAAACAACUUCUUUUAGUUGUUGAUAUUUCUGGGUUUCAGCUGUCUGUUAAGACUCGGUUCAGAACAGCCUUUGAAACUAUAUUGCUUCUAACAAAGGAACUGGAGCUGUACAAAGAGGAACUUCUAACAAAGCCUGCGCUUCUUGCCAUUAAUAAAAUGGAUUUGCUUUGUGCAAAGGAUAACUUGAAUGAACUUACAAAACAACUACAGAAUCCUCAAGACUUCUUACACUUACUACAGGAAGAAAUGAUUCCUGCAAACACACUUGAAUUCAAAGAUAUAAUUCCUAUAUCUACAUGUACUGGAGAAGGAAUUGAGGAACUAAAAGCAUGUAUAAGAAAAUCCAUAGAUGAAGAAGCAGAGCAGGAGAAUGAAGAAUAUCGGAAAAAGAAACUACUACUUUUACACACUUCAGAAGAGGAACAAAUGAAUAGAAGCUAGCAUUCUUGGCUGGAUCCAACACAUUUUAAUAUUUUCAGUAUGUACAUGAACCCAUUGCUGUGCAGACCUUCCAUUUAAUUUUUGUUCCCUCUACCACCACUGCCCAGUUCUCUGC